GAAGAGUCAGAGCAUGUACCAUGCAAUGGGAUACAGCAGCAUCUUGGUGAUGCAGGCAGGCAUGACUUUUGACCCAAAGGACAUGGACGCUGCCAUGACGUCACUGAGAGAAUCCUUACUGACAUGCCAAAGAUUUAGGAAGAAAACUGGAAUAGUGGAGACUCUAUCUAACCUGUGGUAUAGACAACCAGCUGAUCGACUGACAGAAGAAGAGAUGCAUGCAGAGCUGUGCUACGCUGAGGUUCUACUGCAGAAAGCAGCUCUCACUUUCUUAGAUGAGAGUAUAAUCGGCUUCAUCAAAGGAGGGAUGAGAAUCCGGAGCAGUUAUCAGAUUUACAAAGAAUGCCAGGCCAUGAUAAAUGUCACAAAUGAGGUGGAUACGCUGAGGAGCACACACAUUCAUUUCAGGGGCGGUGUCAACAUGGGCAUUGGAUCAUUUAAUCUGAUGCUGUCUCUGCUUCCAUCCAGAGUCCUCAGACUGAUGGAGUUUUUGGGUUUCUCAGGAGACCAGGAGCUGGGUUUGUCAGAGUUGAGAGAGGGAGCAGCCAGUGACAGCCUGCGAUCUAUCCUCAGCACUUUGACACUGCUGAUGUUUCAUCUCUACAUUUCUGUGAUUCUCGGUACUGGGGAAGGAAACCUCACUGAGUCUGAAGCCCUGCUAGCCCCUUACAUUGAAAAGUUCCCUAAUGGAGCACUCAUUCUUUUCUACAUUGCAAGAAUUGCUUUGCUCAAAGGAAACUUCACAUUUGCCCAGGAGAAGUUCCUGGCAUGUAUUGAUGCACAGGAAGAGUGGCGUCAGAUUCACCACCUGUGUUACUGGGAGCUGAUGUGGGCCUAUUCUUUCGAACAAAACUGGAGGGAGGCGUAUCGUUAUGCUGACCGGCUCUGCAAGGAAAGCAAGUGGUCCCAGGCUGUCUAUGUAUUCCAGAAAGCCGCCAUCUUGAGCAUGCUCUCAGAGGAAGAAGUAAAACAACUGGGAGAAAAUGUGGUGGAAUUAUUCAGGCAGGUAGACGGUCUCAGACUGAAGAUUGCUGGGAAGUCGAUUCCAACAGAGAAGUUUGCAGCAAAGAAGGCACAGCGAUACUCUUCUUCUAACCCUGUGAAACUAGUUGUCCCUGCUUUGGAAAUGAUGUAUGUGUGGAAUGGCUUCACAAUAGUUGGCAAAAGACCCGAGCUGACUGAAAGCAUCUUGAGCACCUUAGAGAAAGCAGAGGAGCAGCUAAAAGAUGAUCCAAAUCCAUCAGAGUAUCACCUGGAUGACCAGUGUGUUGUCCAGCUGCUGAAGGGCUUGUGUCUCAGACAUUUGGGGCGCCUGGUCCAGGCUGAGCUCUGCUUCAACCAAGUCAUUUCCAGUGAAAAUUAUAUUAAGUAUGAUGACUACCUGGUGCCAUAUACCAUGUAUGAGCUGGGCCUGUUGCACAAACAGAAAGGCAACAUUGAGAAGGCCAUUGCCGUUAUUGAAGAUGCCAAGACGAACUUCAAAGACUACAGCAUGGAGUCAAGGCUACACUUCCGUAUCCAUGCAGCACUCAACACCAUGGGCUCCUUUGCAGCCAAACUUCCACCUUCACGUACGCCUGCUUAA